AUGGCAUUCGCUCAUUUCUUCUUCAUUUGUUUCCUCCCUACAUUCAUUUUCGCUUUUACUCACCCUGGUCUCUUGGUAUCUCAAUCGGAUAUCAAUCGUAUCCAGACUAAGCUUACUGCCAGGAAAGAGCCCUGGACGGCAUCUUGGGAGAAGCUGACCAGCAUCCCAUUCUCCAGCACGGAGUACAAAAACAAUGCAGUAAAAGAAGUCAAUCGAGGUGAGAAUGGAGAGGCCCUCUGGCACGACGCUGCAGCUGCCUUUAACCUCGCUUUGCGCUGGAAGAUUUCCGGAGAGGAGCGAUUUGCCGAGGCUGCAUCCGAUAUCCUUGUCGCUUGGGCAGACAAGUUGGAAGUCUUGAGUGGUGGCGACGAUGCGUAUCUUACUGCAGGUCUGCAGGGAUAUGAACUUGCGAACGCCGCCGAACUUCUCCAUGACUACAAGCCUUUUGUCGAGACAGGUCGGUCAAAGGUUGUCAAGAUGUUUGACGAAGUAUUUUUGCCAAUGAACCUCGACUUUCUCAAUCAAAGACUCGGAUCGCAACAUAAUGUCAAACACUUCUUUGCAAACUGGGAACAGUGCAACAUUGCAUCUGCCCUUGCCAUCGCUGUUGUCACCGACAACCAGACAACCUGGGACUUUACCAUUGACUAUUUCAAGAACGGUGUUGGUAACGGAGCCAUCAACAACGCCAUCUCGAAUAUUGUGAAGGAGCCGGGGACUGGCAAGCCGCUUGGGCAAGGUCAAGAGUCUGGUCGCGAUCAAGGUCACUCGGGAAUGAACUUCCAGCUUUUGGGAGCCAUUGGACAGCAGGCGUGGAAUCAAGGCGAAGACUUGUUCUCUUACAAUGACAGCCGAAUUCUUCUCGGAGCCGAGUACUUUGCGCGAUACAAUUUGGGUAACGAUGUGCCGUUCGAGCCAUACACCAACGGAAUUGUUUCUUUCGAUGUUAUAAGCGAUGCCUCUCGCGGUGCGAUCCGGCCAGCAUGGGAGCUGCUCUACACUCACUAUGUCCAAAUCAAAGGUCUCGACGCUCCCUGGACUACCGCCUAUCUGAACAAGAGCUUGGAAUAUUUCGGUGGAUUCGAAGGUGGAGCUGGAUCUUGGGGAGAGGGCUCGGGUCAUUAUGAUGGACUCGGCUGGGGCUCUCUCCUCUACCACUUAGACGAGUCCGAUGUUCAGGCACUGGAAUCGUCCGCCUUGCCCUCGGUGGCGUCGUCCAAGAUCCACUAUCCAGUCGCCCAAGGCACCCAAGUCCCAGCAUCUCUCGCUCGUCCCGAUACUAUGUCCAAGCCCAUCACGCAAACCAGGGCCUCUCCCACGGCAACUACUUUACAUUUGCCAAAAGAAUCUAAUGUCGUCAAGCUUCCAGUUGCUCAACCAACUAUGACCAAGAAACCCCAUCGCAAGGCUCACAAGGUUAAAACAGGAUGCCGGCCGCCGGCGUAG